AUGGAAGCGCUGCUCCUGCGGUGCCAAUCCGCUGCCGACGUCGAGGCCAUUCUCGAAGGCGCCUUCUCAAGCGUCCUCGAGGUAGGCAACAUGGCGUCUCUCCAUGAGGCCGACGCCCAAGUCGAGCUUCAUGAUGUGGUCUUGGCCGCACUCUCGCCGUCGACGACGUCCGACCUCGAGCAGACACUCAAGGCCGUUGGCAAUGCGCAGCUUCGCCAGCUCGUAGCCGACCUUCUCCAUGAUCAGCGACGAGCCAUGUGGCGAGAGAUUGCCGCGCGAUCGGGCGCGUGUCCGUCGCUGCCAAAGAUGCUCGACGUCCAAUGGCGCGUGCUGGUGACGUCGGACCCCACACUUGACGCCGGUCGUCCGGAGCCCAUCGCGCUGCUCGAAUGCGCGGGGCAGGAAGCGCACGUUCAUGCUGCUCAGUUCCCGGCGCUGCGAGCGGUUCAAUUUCAAAUGACGAAAGGGGCGGUGGACAAGAUGGUGUCCGAGCUGCAUGGGAUCCGCGACCAGAUCCAGUUGCUGCAGAGUACAUCUCGUCUUGCUUAG